UCGGUUUAUAGUUUGACAGCUUAUACAGAAAAUAAUACAAUACUGGAUUUUACUAUCGAAUUAGAUGAAUGAAAUCAUUACUUAAAAUCAGUUUUAUUCUUUAUUUUAUCUUAAGAAUAAAACUUAAUUAAAUUCAGUUAAUUAAUUUAUUUAAAGCGGCAUUCAUUUAUGAGAAGGUACGCAGGUGGUUGGGAAAGCUCGUAAUUCAUAAACUAAUUUGUACCCAAAGUGUAAUACAAAUGAUGAAUAAAAUCGCUAUAAAAUUUUACACCGCAAUAAAUUAAAUAUGAAUAUGUAGCACCAGUUGUGUAAAUGUCAGUCAAAUGUCCAAUCAAGUCAAAUCGUUACGCCACAUUCGUUUGCACCCAUUCCCAUCCAAAUUUCAGCACGCUUUGAACAUCACCAUGUCACAACCGUUGUUCGGUGAAGGCACCAAUGUGUACAAGUUCCCCUCACAACAGCAUCUUCCGGUGAAAUUCGGCCCGUACACACUGUGGCUUCAGGAGAACAAAAACCGCGAGGUAUUCGACACCACGAGCACAAGACUCGUCAGCCACCCGCACCAAAGCGAAGACUGCACCAACAACGCCUGCUGGCCGGAUGUCAGCUACACAUAUCAUCCGCAAGCGCAAGAAUUCGCCCUGCGAGGCUUCACCGAAACAGCGCGGCCACCACAACAGAGCGGAACUAUCAACACGUUGCAGUAUCAAAUAGCACUCAAAGAACUAGAGAGGCAAUGCCUCGAAACUAUGCUGUUACGCGAGCAGAUGCUUAAGAAUCCGUACACGUUGAAAUUCACGGAUAAUACCAGCACAUUAACAGACACAGCGACGAUUUGUGAUUGCGAAGCGCCCAAACACAUGGAUGUUGCAACCACCGCGGAAGGUGUUAAGGAAUUGGUUGAGAUGGGUGCACAAACGGAUUUUGUACAAUUUAGAAACGAUCAGACAGAUAGUGAUAACGAGGGUCCGAGUAGUCCGAGUGAAACUGAUACGAGUGAUUGUGAAUCUCUUACUGAUAUGGAGAAAUCAGAGGCGUCUGAUGAUAUGGUUACCAGCGAAACAGAGCACAAAAAACCCAGCCGCAAAUCGUGUCUGAAAACGGGCAAACGCACGACGAAACGACGCAUUCGAUUUUCGCAGUAACGAAUUUUCCUGGAAGCAUCAUAGCAAUAUACAUAUUUUUCGAA